GAGCACUGCGCUACAGUUGCCGUUUUUGCUGCUGCUGAAGGGCAUGGACACCCAAGAAUCAUCGAAUUACCGAAAACCAGCGAAGGUCUUGGUUUCAAUGUGAUGGGUGGAAAGGAGCAAAACAGUCCUAUAUUUAUCAGUCGUAUUAUUCCUGGAGGUGUCGCCGAUCGCCAUGGCUGCCUUCGACGUGGUGACCAACUGAUUGUCGUCAACGGCGUCAACGUCGAGGGCGAGUGCCAUGAAAAAGCCGUGGAGCUGCUUAAAAACGCGGUUGGCGUUGUAAAGCUUGUUGUCAGGUACUCUCCGAAGUUAUUGGAUGAGAUGGAAAGACGAUUUGAGCAGCAGCGAAACGUGUCUUCUCUGCGACGGCCCAUUACGGCCGCCAGUUCAGGCAUAUCCACAUGA